AUGACUGAUCAGAAGCGUGCUCCUCGCUUGAAUGAAAGGAUCCUUUCGUCCUUAUCUAAAAGAUCUGUUGCAGCGCAUCCUUGGCAUGAUCUUGAUAUCGGACCAGAGGCUCCUCAGGUCUUCAAUGUGGUCAUUGAGAUUACAAAGGGAAGCAAAGUGAAAUAUGAACUCGAUAAGAAAACUGGUCUCAUCAAGGUUGAUCGCAUCUUAUAUUCAUCCGUCGUCUACCCUCAUAACUAUGGCUUCAUCCCUCGAUCCCUAUGCGAAGAUAAUGACCCCAUGGAUGUACUAGUUCUCAUGCAGGAACCUGUGGUGCCAGGAUGUUUUCUUCGAGCUAGGGCCAUUGGGCUGAUGCCUAUGAUUGAUCAGGGAGAGAAAGAUGAUAAAAUUAUUGCAGUUUGUGCUGAUGAUCCAGAAUAUCGCCACUACACGGAUAUAAGCCAGCUUGCCCCUCAUCGUCUGACUGAAAUCCGCCGCUUCUUUGAGGACUACAAGAAGAAUGAGCACAAGGAGGUUGCAGUGGAUGAGUUUCUGCCUUCGAAAACUGCUUUUGACGCCAUUCAGUACUCCAUGGACCUUUAUGGUGAAUACAUCAUGCAAACCUUAAAGAAAUAGAUGGCCAUAUGGUGGACCGAUUGAUGAUUGAUAAUGCGGAUGCUGAUGCUGAUGGUUCAGCGUUGGGUGGUUUUCUUCUUUUUGUUACCUUUUAUUAAUUAAUGGGUUAGAUUGUAUCUUUGUUAUCUUUCCCUAUAAAUAGAGUUGAUAUGUCGAUGGAUCAUUUAUUAUAUAUUUCUGAGUAAA